CUCUUGUUUACCAAGAAAUCCGGACAUCAAUCUCCCCCAGGCUUUCAAGUUUUAACAAACAAAUAUUUUAUUUUCCCUAAAAUGCCCUCCAAUUUCAUUCCUAUCCUAUCAACCCAGCGUUGUUUGGUAUCAUUAAAACGGUCGUCCCCCACUCUCAAAACGACGCCACAACUGCCCAACGCCAGAAACCCCCACUUCGUUCCCUCAAUUUCCAUUCUCAACCGUUUUUUAACAACUCCGAAAAAGUUUUCCCUUUCCUCUGUAUAGCAAAUGAAGAAACCAAGGGAUCGAAAUCGGGAAGAAGAAGAAGAAGGCGGCAACCAAAACGGCUGCAUAUCAUGCUGCGGAAGAAAGAAAGACGCUGCAAAAUCCAAGAGGAAAGAGCUCGGCCUUUCUUGCAUGUUAAACACCGAGGUUGGUGCUGUUCUCGCCGUCAUUCGGCGGCCACAAGACCCCAACACCCAAUACAUCUCCCUCCAUGACGACCACUACGACUCUGCAGUCCAGCAGUCGUUGAAAUCUCUUCGCGCUCUCAUCUUCAAUCCCCAGCAGGAAUGGCGAACGAUCGAUCCCUCUAUCUACCUCUCCCCGUUUCUCGAUGUGAUACAGAGCGAUGACAUCCCAGCUGCAGCGACGGGGAUCUCGCUCUCCGCCAUUUUGAAGAUCGUCAAGUUUGAAAUCUUCGACGAGAAGACUCCCGGAGCCAAGGAUGCAAUGAAUUCGAUUGUGACAGGGAUCACAGGUUGUCGGCUGGAGAAGACCAACCAGGUUUCCGAGGAGUCUGUGAUGAUGAAGAUUUUGCAGGUCUUAACUGGAAUAAUGAAGCAUCCCGCUUCUGAUUUGCUCACUGAUCAGGCAGUUUGUACUAUUGUCAAUACGUGCUUUCAAGUCGUUCAACAAUCUGCAGGGCGAGGGGAUUUGCUUCAGCGAAACGCGAGGUUUACAAUGCACGAGUUGAUUCAGAUAAUCUUUUCACGGUUACCUGACUUUGAGGUUAAUGACGAUAACUCAGAAUCUGAUACAGAAGAUGCCGAUGGAAAUGCCUUGGAUUCGGGUUAUGGAUUACGUUCUGCAGUUGAUAUAUUUCAUUUUUUGUGUUCGUUGCUGAACGUAGUGGAACUUGUAGAGACAGAAGGAACUUCAUAUCAUACGGCUGAUGAAGAUGUUCAGCUUUUUGCUCUGGUUUUAAUUAAUUCAGCGAUUGAAUUAAGUGGUGAUGGGAUUGGGAAACGCCCAAAACUUCUGAGAAUGGUCCAAGAUGAUCUGUUUCACCAUUUAAUCCAUUAUGGGACCAGUUCGAGCCCGCUUGUCCUCUCCAUGAUUUGCAGUACUGUGUUAAAUAUAUAUCACUUUCUUCGGAGGUUUGUUCGCCUCCAACUGGAAGCUUUCUUCUCAUUUGUACUUCUAAAAAAUGUAGCUCUUGGCAGCUCCAUGCAGCUCCAAGAAGUUGGGCUUGAAGGUAUGAUAAAUUUCUGCAGACAAUCUACCUUCAUAAUUGAAGCUUAUGCAAACUAUGAUUGCGAUCCCCCUUGUCGAAGUUUGUUUGAGGAAGUUGGGAAACUGCUUUGCAAGCACUCUUUUCCAGGUUCUGGCCCCAUGACAUCUAUACAAAUUCAAGCCUUUGAAGGACUUGUCAUCCUAAUUCACAAUAUUGCAGAUCAUGUAGAUAAAGAAGAUGAUUCAACCCCUUCUGGUCCAUACCCAGUUGAAAUCACCGAAUACAAACCCUUUUGGAUGGAGAUGCCUAAAGAGGAUCUAGAGGAAUGGGUGGAACAUAUAAGGUUAAGGAAAGCACAGAAAAGGAAGAUUCUCAUUGCUUCAAACCAUUUCAAUAGAGAUGAAAAGAAAGGUUUAGAGUACCUAAUGCUUAGUCAAUUAGUGUCUGAUCCACCUGAUCCAAAGUGCUUUGCUUUCUUUUUUCGACACACUCCUGGGCUGGACAAGAUGAUGAUUGGAGAAUAUCUUGGGAAUCCUGAUGACUUCCACAUUCAAGUCCUCAGAGAAUACACACAAACUUUUGAAUUUUCAGGAAUGGUUCUUGAUUCUGCUCUCCGAAGAUAUCUGGAAACAUUUCGCUUGCCAGGAGAGUCCCAGAAGAUUCAACGAAUCUUAGAAGCGUUUUCAGACCGAUUUUAUGAUCAACAAUCCUUAGAAAUGUUUGCAAGUAAAGAUACAGUUUUAAUCCUUUGCUACUCCCUCAUUAUGCUAAACACUGAUCAACAUAAUCCACAGGUGAAGAGGAAAAUGACAGAAGAGGAAUUCAUCAAAAACAAUAGAGCAAUCAAUGGAGGAAAGGAUCUUCCAAGAGAAUACCUCUCUGAACUUUUUCACUCCAUUUCAACCCAUGAAAUCACAGUUUUUGGUCAAUCGGGGUCAGUAGAAAUGAGUCCUAGCAGAUGGAUUGAGCUAAUGAAUAGAUCAAAAAAAGUGCAGCCUUUCAUCCUCUGUGAUUUUGAUCGUAGAAUAGGCAGAGAUAUGUUUGCUUGCAUUGCUGGUCCAUCAAUUGCAGCACUUUCAGCAUUCUUUGAGCAUGCUGAUGAAGACGAAUUGCUCCAUGAAUGCAUUGAUGGGUUGAUAUCCAUGGCUAGAAUAGCUCAGUAUGGACUAGAAGAUACCCUGGAUGAGCUUGUUGCUUCAUUCUGCAAAUUUACUACACUGUUAAAUCCUUAUGCCACGGCAGAAGAGACACUGUUUGCAUUUAGUCAUGAUAUGAAACCGAGAAUGGCAACCCUUGCAGUUUUUACUAUUGCAAACCACUUUGGAGACUCAAUUCGAGGGGGUUGGAGGAAUAUUGUGGAUUGCUUAUUAAAACUCAAGAGACUUAAGAUACUUCCCCAAUCAGUGACUGAAUUUGAUAUAACUUCCUCAUCAGCUGAUGCACCGGGUCACUCGAAAUCUGAAUCGAGUGUAAUGUCCUCUAAUCAUGACCAUAAAUGUAGUAAGCGCCCAGGCACUAGUAUACUAAGUCGGUUCUCUCAUUUUGUAUCAUUAGAAAGCAUAGAAGAGUCUGUAUCUCUUGGCAUGAGCGAAUAUGAACAAAAUCAAAAGAUUAUCAAACAGUGUCAAAUUGGAAACAUCUUCAGCAAUAGUUCAAGCUUGCCUGACGAGUCUUUGCUCAAUCUUGGGCGUUCCAUGAUAUUCGCAGCUGGUGGAAAAGGCCAAAAAUUUAGCACACCAGUUGAAGAAGAAGAAACUGUUGGCUUUUGUUGGGACUUGAUUGUUGCCAUUGCUUUAGCCAACAUUCACAGAUUCCAAGCAUUUUGGCCUUAUUUCCAUGAUUUUUUAUUAGGAGUGGCCCAGUUUCCUUUAUUUUCCCCUAUACCAUUUGCAGAGAAAGCCAUUGUUGGUCUUUUCAAGGUUUGUCUCAGGCUUCUUUCCUCUUGUCAAGUGGAACGAAUCCCAGAGGAGAACCUUUUCAAGUCCAUAAAUUUGAUGUGGAAGCUUGAUAAGGAAAUACUCGAUACAUGUUGUGAGUUCAUAAUACAAUCAGUAAGCAACAUCAUCAAUGAAUACCCUGCAAAUUUACAGACUCAACUUGGAUGGAAAUCAGUCCUCCAUCUGUUAUCAGUCUGUGGCAGACAUCCAGAAACAUAUGAUCAAUCCGUCGAGGCUUUAAUCAAAUUGAUGUCAGAUGCAACCCAUGUUUCCAGAACAAACUAUGCAUACUGUAUUGACUGUGCAUUUGGCUUUGUAGCACUCAAAAACAGUCCGCUGGAGAAGAAUCUGAAAAUACUGGAUCUAUUGUCAAAUUCUGUAACUUUAUUGAUUCAAUGGUACAAGAAUGCCUGCUCUGAACCGGGGAACAGUUACAGUACUACAAGCAGCGCGAGUGUUUCAUCGUUAGAGGACUACUCAAAGGGUCCUAACUUUGGCCUCAAUUUGUUUAUCAAACUAGGAGAGGCACUUCGCAAAACUAGCUUAGCACGACGAGAGGAGAUAAGAAAUCGAGCAAUCAUUGCUUUGCGCAAGAGUUUUUUACUGGCUGAAGAACUUGAAUUAACAUCAACUAACUGCAUUAACUGUUUCAAUCUUGUGAUAUUCGCCAUGGUUGAUGAUCUGCAUGAAAAAAUGCUAGAGUAUUCGAGACGUGAGAAUUCAGAGAGGGAAAUGAGAAGCAUGGAAGGGACUCUGAGGAUUGCAAUGGAAUUGCUGAAAGAUGUGUACAUGCAAUAUUUAAAGCAGAUAGCAGAGAAUCCUGAUUUUAGGACAUUUUGGCUGGGAGUAUUAAGAAGAAUGGAUACAUGCAUGAAGGCUGAUUUGGGAACAUAUGGAGAGACACUGUUAAAAGAGGUUGUACCAGAUUUGCUGAGAAACAUGACUGCCAAAAUGAAAGAGGAGGAGAUUUUGGUUCCAAACGAAGGUGAUGAUCUAUGGGAGAUAACAUACAUCCAAAUACAGUGGAUAGCUCCGUCACUUAAGGAAGAGAUUUUUCCUGAAGAUGAAAUGUAGAGGCUUAGAUAAAAACGAUAAGGAAGACAGGUAAGCUAGUUUCUGAGUUAUUCAUAA